CUGAUAUUGUGACUUCCCCCCACUCACACUCACACUCACACUGCGACUGUUCCACGACUGUUCCACGCAGACAUUCCCCGAGCAGCAUGGGCCGGACUCUCCUCCUCUGUCUCUCACUUGUACUGGGACUGUCCCGGGCUCAGAACUCUGACACCAACAACUACACCAGACCAGUGUUUCUGUGCGGUGGAGACAUCACAGGAGAUUCUGGGUUCAUCGGCAGCGAGGGAUUUCCAAAUUAUUACCCCCCUAACAAGAAAUGUGUGUGGAACAUCACGGUUCCAGAUGGUCACGUGGUGAUGCUCACGUUCCGACUGCUGGACAUGGAGGCAGAUCCCAGUUGCCGCUAUGACUACCUAAACAUUUACAAUGGGCACUUUGAGACUGGUCAGAGGUUGGCCCGUGUCUGUGGAACAUUUCGCCCAGGAGCUCUUCUCUCUACUGGCCCACAAAUGAUGUUGGAGAUGGUAACAGACGAUGGAACGGCAGGUCGAGGAUUCUUGGCUUGGUACAGUGCUGGUUCCACCCAACCCAGUGAGAGUCAGUUAUGUGGGGGGAAGCUUGAAAAGCCCCAGGGAAGCAUAAACACACCUAACUGGCCAGAAAAUAACUACCCAAGUGGGAUCAGCUGCUCCUGGCAUAUUGUGGCCCCAAAGGAAAAGGUGGUGGAAUUAUCAUUCGGGAAGUUUGAUGUUGAAGGGGACAGUUAUUGCCGCUUUGACUACCUGGCCGUGUUUAACGGGGGAGAAACUGACAACACGCGGCUAAUUGGCAAAUUCUGUGGCGAUUCUUCACCAAAAACUAUUUACUCUGAUGGCAAUGAAAUGCUGGUCCAGUUUGUGUCUGAUCUCAGCGUGACCGCUGAUGGAUUUGCAGUAAACUACAGAAUGAGGGACGCCUCGGAGGUGCCAAAGACCACACCAACCUCCACCAGUGCUCCAGAAAAAAAAGCACCUUUGGAUACCAAGCUUAGUAACAAACCCUCAGUCAAGCUUGAAACCAUUCCAGAGCCCAAAACCAAACCAACCAAACUGCCUAAGAGCCCAGAUACAGAUUCUUCAUCUGCCGUUAAGUGCCCUCAAAAGUGCAGGAAAACCGGAACCCUCGGGAGUCACUACUGCGCCAAUCAAUUUGUGGUGACAGGGACCGUGAACUCUCUGACACAAGGAGAUUCUGAGAAGUCGCUCCUGGCAACAGUCACCAUCAUCAAAACCUUCAAGGUUGAGGGACUGAGUAUUCAAGAAUCGGGGAAGACCAUGAGCAUCAAGGUUAUUAAUGAGUGUCCCAAGUGUCCAAUCCUGAAGAAAGGUUCCAGUUACCUGUUCAUGGGAGAGGUUAAUGCUGAGGGACAGGGCAGGAUCGUUCCUGAGAGUUUUGUCAUUGCCCACAAAGCUGCUCAACAUCAGAUCCUAACAGCCAUCUCCAAGAAACCCUGCUAAUGACCUUGAAUUGAAUCCUGUCUGGGUUCCUUAUAAUCUACAAAAUCCUGGUGCUGGACUUACUUAGCCUCCCUGGCAAUAAGCUACUAUACUGGAAACUAGGUUAUCCUGCAUUACUCCCUUUCAUAUUGCUCAUUGCCAAAUUAUGCUCUACAACCCCCAUCCCAAACAGUCUCAAUGACUGUCCCACAUCCUUUCUUUGUCCUUCUUCUCUCCUCUCUGCCCAAUGUCUUUAUUUGCUGCUUCUUCUGUUCCUACUUCUGCUCUUCUUCUAAUUACUUCUUUCCUUCAAAAGGCUUUCAUUCUCUCCUUCCUCCCACUAGUUCUCUUCUUUCUGUAUUCCCUCUGCCUUCUGUCCUCAUCUACCCAUCAGCCCUUCCAUUGAUAAGAACAAUAAAAAGCUUAGAAUGGU